AUGACCGAGCGCUACACCACCGUCGAGACGCCAAAAGCAGGCGCUCGCAGCGCCAACCCACAAGAGAGCGCUUCGUGGACCUCGACGCUCACCAUGUCGUGGAUGAACGACCUCAUGCAACGAGGCGCGACGACGCCACUCAACGACGACGAUACGUGGCCAUUGGCUGCGAAAGACUCGGCCAGCGCUCUCCACGACCGCUUUGAUUUGCACUGGCGAACCGAGAAGACAAUGGAACAACCUCGCUUUCAGCGCGCGCUGUUGUAUACCUUCCGUUACCAAAUCGCUUGCGACGUCGGCCUCUAUUGUGUCUAUGCCGGUGCGAUGCUCGUCCAACCCGGCUUGAUUCGCUCGAUUUUGAAGGACCUCGCAACCGACGCCAACGACGAUGAUGGCUACGCGCUCGCAGCGCUCCUUGCGGUCGUCUCGUUCCUUGCGGUCACUGUCUUUGACUUUGCACAGUACUUGAGCACGCACACGGGCUGCAACGCCAAGUCGCUCGUCAUCGACGCGGUGUUUCGCAAGACUCUCACGCUUUCCGGCUUUGCCAAGCAAGACAUGUCGACCGGUGACAUUGUCACGUUGGCGUCCGUCGACGCGGACCGUAUCUACAUGGGUUUCAUCUUUGGCCAUUGGAUCCUCAUCGCCCCGUUGAUGCUCCUCGCCGUGUACGUCAUGAUUGGAGUCGAACUCGGAGCGCUCGUUGGUCUCGCGGGUGGGGCGACGAUGCUGCUCUUCGUUGUCAUCGGCACCGACUCGGGGCGCAAGGCCGGUGAGAUCCAUCGCAACCUCCUUAGCGUUCAAGCGCACCGCGUCAAGCUCACGAAUGAAGUGCUCCAAGGCAUCCGUGUCGUCAAGCUCAACGCAUGGGAAGAUCACCUUGAAGUGCAGCUGGAAGCUGUCCGCGACCAAGAGCUCGUGCUUCUCAAAGCGUACCAGGUUCGCUCCACCGCCAACACGGUCGCGCUCUACAUCGCGCCCGUCAUUUCACUCGCGGUUUGUCUCUUCGUGUACGUUGCGGUGGGCAACGAGCUCACGGCGCCUGUCGCGUUCACCGCGCUCGCCUACGCCAACGUGACGCGGCUCCCAUGUACUGUCUUCGCGACGGCGGUCAUGUUCACAUCUGAAAUGGUCGCGUCGUGUGAGCGCCUCGGUGCCUUCUUGACGUACGGCGACGACCCAAGGCGCAUCCAGCGUGCAGUUGAGCGACGCAGCGUUCAGCUGGGCAGCGCCGGCCUCGGGCAUUGA